GGGUGCCAUUGGGUGCAGUUCCUACUGACAUUCGGAUAGAACUGUCUGGUGGCUAUAUAUAUAUGGGGCCUGUAGUUCAUUGUCUGGGCCUGGCGUCUGAAGUUCCCGUUCGACAAGUUGUGACUGUUGUCAUUGUCGCCACUAGCACUGCAGGCGCUGUUAUCGUUGUUGAAAGUGUUGAUGAUGAUGAUGCGUCUGUCGUUUCUGUUAUUUUUGUUGUUGUUGUUGUUGUUGUUAUUGUCACUGUCGUCUUCGCCGCUGCCGAUGCUGCUAAUGAUGAUGUCGCUGUUGUUAUUGCAGUUGGCGCUGAAUCCUUCAUUGUCUUCGCAGCCGCCGAUAUAGUUGUUAUUGUUGUUAUUACCGCGGUUGUCUCCGCCGCUGCCGCUGCUGCUAAUGAUGAUGUCAUUGUUGUUAUCGCUGUUGACGCUGUAACCUUCAUUGUCUUCACAGCCGCCGGUAUCGCUGAUGUGGAUGUUGUUGUUGUUAUUGAUGUUGGCACUGUUACCUUCGUCGCUGCCUGCGCCGUCUCGAUGUCAUUCUCGACCUCCAGCCGCUCCUCCAACAGAUCGGAACCAUUUGCUAUGUUUGGUUAUGAGGAGUUUGAGUCCGUUGUGCUAUGCUUAGUUAUGGGAGGGAAAGGGGGGGCUAUGCGCCCCCCUGCCCGCACUCCUCCUCCAUGUGGGCUUUGCAAAAGGGAAUGGCAUACUCCAAUUUGUGCAUAUGACUUCUGCCAUGUUGUCUGCCAUGGCUUCAGUCGUGUCGGAGGAGUAGCGACUCAGCGAACAGAGGAGAACUGGAGGAGCUUAGAAUUGAAACUCGGUUCUGGGGAUUGUGCCGAGGCUGAGCGCAGAGUAUCCAGAGAAGGAGAGAUCACCUUGCAUCCAACGCUCAGGGGAGAGGAGGGACUAUCGGCGCUCUGAGGAUGACGAUAAGGAGAGUAGGUGGAGUGUGUCUUACUGGGUCAGGCGAUGGAGCGAAACAGGGAGGUCGCUCUAUCUCGUUCCCAAUUCACGGA